UUAAAUAGUGCGGGUAAUUCCGGUACCGCCCUCGGCUCCCACUGGGGGUGAUCUGGGCGGAGCCCGCCCUUUGUGAGUCCUCCCACCCCGGCCUCGCGCCACAGUAUUGGCGGGAAGGCACGCUAGCUAGCGUACCCAGGGAAAGAUGUCGGAGUCGGGGUCGGGGUCGGGCUUAGCCUCUGAGGAGAAGGCAAACUCCAGACAGCGACUCCAGGUGAAGGUGAGAAACCGGUUGACGCUUUCCAGUGUGUUCCUGUUUCAGUCGUGAAGCAUCUGCCAGCAGGAACAGGCCAGCAGGAACUUGCCACUGGGGAUCCCUGUCCUGGUUUUUCUCUAUGGAAAACUAGGCCUUCGGUGGUGAAUGAUUGUAAAGAAAAUCAAAACAUCACUUAUGUGUCAUUGAUACCUGUUCAGACUGCCGUUUUAGGUAAAGCACCUAAGGUUUAUCUUGCUCCCUUUUCACUCAGUAAUUGCAAGCUAGACCAACUAAAGGGUGCCAAAGCUCUAUUAGAAAAUAAUUCUGUGCUGUGUAAGAGGUAUAAGAAGACUGAAAUAAAGAAAACGUGCAGGGUUUUAAUUCCAAAGAUGAAUGUCACAUCUUGCAAGGAAGAAUCCACUUUGCAAAAAUCAUCCUUCGAUGUUCACAUUGAGCAUAACAAACCACAACACAAGAGCACUUCAGAUAUGGUGAUUCUCAGUGGUGACAUGGAAAGCAGUCAGGAUGGAGAUAGUGAUGAAGAAACCACACCAGGAUCGGAUGAUUUUCCAGGAUUGUCACCAUAUGAAAGGAAGAGACUGAGGAACAUAUCAGAAAAUGCAAACUUUUUUGCUUCUCUUCAGUUGUCUGAGUCAGCUGCGAGGCUCCGUGAAAUGAUAAAGAAGAGACAGCCUCCUGAAUUGAAGAGAAAGAAGCCUAAAAAAAGAGAAAAUGAGAUUGGAUGUAGAAGGUCAAUGCGUUUACUAAAAGUAGAUCCUUCAGGGGUUUCAUUACCAGCAACUUCAACACAGCCAACAUUAAUAGCUGAUGAAACAGUAAGAAAAAGUCCUUUGUUACCUCCUGGGCCUUUAGAAAUGACUCCUGAAAAUCAAGAUUAUAACAAUGAACUAUUCAAAGGAUUUCUGCAGACUUGGGCAGGACUGAGCAAGACAAGUAGUAAGAACACUGAGAAGAGGUUAUCUGGCAUUAAAAGCUACAAAACCAAUUUAAAUAGCAUGGUCAUUACAGAAGAUACUGUACAUAAAGUUACCAAAGGCUCAAUAUCCUCUAUGGCUGUUCACCCAUCAGAAACUAGAACUUUGGUAGCAGCUGGGGCCAAAUCUGGGCAAGUUGGACUUUGGGAUUUGACACAGCAACCUAAAGAAGAUGGGAUUUAUGUUUUUCAACCACAUAGCCAGCCAGUUAGCUGUCUUUAUUUCUCACGUGCAAAUCCAGCCCAUUUACUGUCACUCAGCUAUGAUGGCACGUUACGCUGUGGGGAUUUUUCCAAAGGUAUUUUCGAAGAGGUGUAUAGAAAUGAAAGCAGUAGCUGUUCCUCCUUUGACUUCUUGGCGGAAGAUGCUUCCACUUUAAUAGUGGGACACUGGGAUGGAAAUGUGGCACUGAUAGACAGACGAACACCUGGAACUUCUUACGAAAAACUUACCAGCUCUUCUUUGAUAAAAUUAAGAACUGUUCAUGUUCACCCAGUACACAGACAGUAUUUUAUCACAGCAGGAUUGAGGGAUGUUCAUGUUUAUGAUGCAAGGCACCUGAAGCCCAAGGGAAGCCAGCCUUUGAUUUCUUUAACUGAACAUACGAAGAGCAUUGCAUCUGCCUAUUUUUCACCUCUUACUGGUAACAGAGUGGUAACCACAUGUGCUGAUUGUAAUCUGAGAAUCUUCGAUAGCAGUUGUUUAUCCUCCCAGAUGCCUCUCCUUACCACCAUCAGGCACAACACUAUCACUGGGCGAUGGCUGACCAGGUUCCAAGCUGUGUGGGACCCUAAACAAGAAGACUGUGUCAUAGUUGGCAGCAUGGCCUAUCCACGCCGGGUAGAAAUCUUCCAUGAGACAGGAAAGCGGGUGCAUUCUUUUCUUGGUGGAGAAUGCCUUGUCUCUGUGUGUUCCAUCAAUGCCAUGCACCCGACUCGGUAUAUUUUGGCUGGAGGUAAUUCCAGUGGGAAGAUACAUGUGUUUAUGAAUAAAGAAAGCUGCUGAGCUCUUGGUUUAGCUACACCAGUUUGUUCAUACUGGUCGCUAAGGAAUCUAGUAGUUCACAUAGCUUAGCUUAUUUACUUGGUAACAUAUUUAGCAAAUGUUAACGUGGCUUCAUUAGUAAGAACUAUGAGCAGAAUGUACUGUUAGUAAGGGAGAAGUCUAAGAAAUCGUUUCUACAGAAUAGGGAGGGCAUUUGAAGGAAAGCUGAGCAGCUUUCAGCACUUUUAAUCAAGCAGUAUGUUGAAAAAGCCUAUCAUACCGUUUUGAAUGAUCAAUAUUAAAAGUUUUUGUGAUCUUAAGCUAUGGUUUUGAUAGUGACAUAAAUGUGUGGGUUAUUUUAUAGUUUGGAGUGAUUAUUUCAGACUCCCUACAUUGGAAGGGGUACUAAAAUGUCAUCUUGAAUUGAAACUUUUAAUUUUUUUUUUUUAAAUCCUAACCUUUUUUCCCCCAAGCCUCUAGAUUUGUUCUUAAAUAAAAUCCCAGGAUAAUGCCUAGAAACAUUAGUUUAUGUGGCAGGGUCUGGGUCUGUAUGUGUUGAGCUUUUCCUUCUCCCCCACCUCACCCCAGGGUUGGGGGGUGCUUUGGAGACAUAGCCAAGGAAUCCCAGACCUCCUGGGCACUUGGGGAUCUGUCACAUUUCUGGGAGUACACUGGCCCAGACAGUGUUUUACACACUUUGGGUCGUAGCUCUUCACAUGAAAUCAGUUUAAUGGCCAUGACUAAUGUUUAAGAAAAUGAAAAGGGAAGAAUUAGUAAAGAACUGAAAAUAAGAGUAUUAUUUUGUGUAACUUAAUUACAUUUGCAUAUACAUUUGUAGGUAUAUAUGUUUAUAUAAUAUAUUCUGAUGUGAACAAUUAUUUUUUAAAUUACUGUUGUACUGUGAGUUGUGGUCGAGGAAGUUAAAGCUACUGCCUUAAAAUGUCCCAGAGACUUCUACCUAUCUCUGGAGAUUGAAUCGUCUGUCAAGUGAGUACUUCCAUUACUACUCAUAUUUCAGGGAGAUGUUACAAGAUACUCACCACUUUGGGUAUUGCUUUAUGAAAAUGUUUUCAGAAGUUAAGCUGAUUUCAUUGUGUCUGUUGGGAAGGAGAGCUGCUAAGUGACUGACCCUGCCCUGUGAUACCCGCUCAGCAGUUUUCCUUGUCCUGUGUUGCUGAACUGCACCUGAAAGACUUGUAAAUAGCUUUGGCAAUAUGUUUGAAUUCUGAAGAGGAAUAUUAUCUUCUCAUAAUUGUAUAUCACAGAAAUAAAGUGAUGUGUAAUUUCCUUAAAGAAGAAUUUUUUUCUAAAUAAUUUCCUUCUCUAUAAUUAAAAUCUAAGUGUUUUGAAA